AUGGCACUGGAUGGCACCUUCAGCAUGUUUGCUUUUCUCCUGCUUUGCCUUCUUUCCUCCACAGCAACGGAGAACCAGACAGUGGUGAGCGAGUUCGUCCUCCUGGGCCUUACCCAUCUCCUGGUGUUACAGCGCCCUCUCUUCGUUGUCUUCGCCCUGCUCUACGUGACCAACCUGUUGGGUAACGUUGCCAUCAUAGCUGUGAUGCUGUCUGAGCCCCGGCUCCACACCCCCAGGUACUUCUUCCUGGGAAACCUUGCCUGCCUGGACAUCUUCUACAGUACGGUCACCGUGCCCAAGAUGCUGGCCGGCUUCCUCUCGGGGCACCAGACCAUCUUGUUUGCUGGCUGCCUGGCCCAGUUCCACUUUUACCACUUCCUGGGCAGCAGUGAGACUGUACUGCUGGCCGUCCUGGCCUAUGACUGCUACGUGGCCAUUUGCAACCAGCUGUGCUACAGGCUGGUCAUGAGGCCACAGGCCUGUCUGUUCCUGGCAGCGGUCACUUGGGCCACUGGCUUCCUACAUGCGCUGAUGCACACGGUCAUGACAUCUCAGGUGCAUUUCUGUGGCCCCAAUAAAAUCCACCACUUUUUUUGUGAUAUCAAGCCCCUGCUGAGCCUGGCCUGUAGCAGCAUCCACCUCAACUUGACACUGCUCAGCUUCGUCACCGGGAGCAUCGCGCUGUGUUCGUUCAUCCUCACGCUUCUCUCCUACCUCUAUAUCAUCUCCUUCCUCCUCCUGAAGGUCUGCUCACAGGAAUGCAGGAGAAAGGCCUUUUCCACCUGUGCCUCCCACCUCGCCGUGGUGUCUCUAUUCUAUAUGCCGGUCCUUGGUAAUUACCUGAUUGCCUUUUCGGGUUCCCCCUCUGAAAGAGACAUGAUAUCCACCCUCAUGUACUGCAUCAUCACCCAAGUUCUGAACCCCCUGAUCUACACCUUGAGAAAUGAGGAGGUAAAAUCUGCCCUGAAUAAAUUCCUGAACAGAACACUUUUCCCUUAA